GAUCCUCUCUUUUUUGUUCCACAAAUUUCUCGCAAGAAUUGUGAUCACUCCACCUGAUGAAGGGUGGUGGUUCAAUGAGGAAACCAGCUCAUUCUCCAUACCCAGAUGCCAUUUCUCUUCUAACCACCUUUCCUUUCUCUUUCCCUGCAAUUUCUGUCUCCCAUUUCCCUCUUCCAAAUUCCAAGAAAAUCAUCUCACUCACUCUUGGAUUCAAGGAAAAUGCAAUAAAAUUCUCAGAAACACAGACAGAGAAAGAAAAGGAUUUUCUGUUGAGCGCUGGUGUUGUGUUGCCCCCAUAAAUGUCAUCAAAGCCUGUCAAGAGGCCAGACUCAGCUGAGAUGAGCUACCCUUCAUCAGAAAAAUCACCAUGUCGACCUAAAAAGAUGGAUGUUGUUGCCAAUAAUUAUGCGGAUUCAGCCAAUUGUCCACUGUAUGUCCUCGAAAAAGAACAUCAAGCAGCAAAAGUUUGUGCUGAUUCAUCUCAGAAUUCAGCAUAUAAACCAGGACAUAUGGAUACAAUCUCCAAAGGACAUAUGGAUCCAAUAAUCUUCAAAGGACAUAUGGAUCCAAUCUCCAAAGGACAUAUGGAUCCAAUAAUCUUCAAAGGACAUAUGGAUCCAAUCUCCAAAGGACAUAUGGAUCCAAUAAUCUCCAAAGUACAUAUGGAUCCAAUCUCCAAAGUACACAUGGAUCCAAUCUCCAAAGUACAUAUGGAUCCAAUCUCCAAAGUACACAUGGAUCCAAUCUCCAAAGUACACAUGGAUCCAACCUCCAAAAGGAAACCCAGUUUGACAAUUGACCCUUCCUCUGGUUCCAAAAAAACGGAACAAGUUGCCAAGAUUGUUUCUGAUUCAGCUAGCAACUACUCCCUAAUCCUAAGCCCAAGGACGUCUCCAAAACCUGAAUUCCCAACAGCUCCAACAGGACAUCUAAUCUCCAAAGGACAUAUGGAUCCAAUCUCCAAAAGGAAACCCAAUUUGACAAUUGACCCUUCCUCUGGUUCCAAAAAAAUGGAACAAGUUGCCAAGAUUGUUUCUGAUUCAACUAGCAACUACUCCCUAAUCCUAAGCCCAAGGACGUCUCCAAAACCUGAACUCCCAACGGCUCCCACAGGAGUGGCAGGGCUAACACCAGCAAACACAAAGACAAACGGUGCAAAGACUGCCAACAAUGGCCAGGGGAGUGGAAAUAGCUCUCGCAGUGACAGCUUAGAGAGUUCCAGUGCACCCCUUAAGCCGCAUACUGGUGGUGAUGUACGGUGGGAUGCCAUUAACAUGGUUUCCAAAGGGUCCCCUCUAAAUCUUGGCCAUUUUCGGCUUUUGAAGCGCCUUGGUUAUGGAGAUAUUGGGAAUGUCUAUCUUGUCAACCUUAGAGGAACUAAGGCCUACUUUGCCAUGAAAGUUAUGGACAAGGCCUCUCUUGCCAGUAGAAACAAGCUUCUGCGAGCACAAACAGAAAGGGAGAUACUAGGACUUUUAGACCACCCAUUCUUGCCGACUCUAUAUUCUCACUUUGAGACUGAUAAAUUCUACUGCUUGGUCAUGGAAUUCUGUAGUGGAGGUAAUCUUCAUUCACUGCGGCAGAAACAACCUAACAAGUAUUUUACUGAGGAAGCUGCACGGUUUUUUGCAUCAGAGGUGUUGUUAGCACUUGAGUAUCUGCACAUGCUAGGCAUUGUAUACAGGGAUUUGAAGCCAGAGAAUGUGCUAGUGAGAGAAGAGGGUCAUAUCAUGCUUUCGGAUUUUGAUUUAUCCCUGCGUUGUUCUGUGAAUCCUACACUUGUCAAGUCCUCUUCUAUCCAUGUAAGCAGUGGUGGUGGUGGGGGGAUUUUAGAUGAUGCGCUUGUAGUGCAUGGCUGCAUGCAGCCAUCGAAUUUUCUUCCACGCAUUUUACCAAGCAAAAAGAAUCGUAAAUCAAAGUCAGAUUUUGGCCUCUUUGUUGGAGGCUCCCUUCCUGAACUGAUGGCAGAGCCCACAAAUGUGCGCUCAAUGUCAUUCGUCGGGACACAUGAAUAUCUAGCACCUGAGAUCGUCCGUGGAGAGGGUCAUGGUAGUGCAGUCGAUUGGUGGACAUUUGGCAUCUUCUUAUAUGAGCUGCUGCAUGGAACAACUCCCUUCAAAGGCUCAGGAAAUCGUGCCACGCUCUUCAAUGUUGUAGGGCAGCCACUAAGAUUUCCUGAAACUCCACAGGUAAGUUUUGUGGCUCGUGAUCUGAUCAGAGGACUUUUGGUGAAGGAACCCCAUAAGCGGAUUGCAUACAAAAGGGGUGCUACAGAAGUAAAACAACACCCAUUUUUCGAGGGAGUGAACUGGGCCCUUGUGAGAAGCGCAAUGCCUCCCCACAUUCCUGAACCUGUAGACUUGUCGCAGUAUGCUAGCAAGGAGGCAACCACUGCAGAAAAGAAGAUGGGAGAAAGUGUUGGAGCUGACAAAAAUGGCACUACUUUUCCUAAUGAUUCUUAUAUAGAUUUUGAGUACUUCUAAAAGCAUACACCAUAUUUUCAAUGAUAACAUGCUUCUCUGGAUGGAUUUUACGUUGUACAAAGAGCAAAACAAAAAUAACAUUCAUUUAUUGAUUUAUUUCUUAGGGUGGAGGCCAGGGGAAGAAAUAAUAAAUACUAUAUAUAUAUGUAGGGAAGGAAACUUCCUCAGAGGUUUUGUUUUCACUUCUUUUUUUUCUUUUUCUUUUUUAUUAUUAUUAUUUUUUUUAA